AUGCAGCUGCUUCAGAAGGACUUUCACUCCAGAGACAGCACCAGCACCAUGAACGAGAUGGUCCUCGCUCUCUCUCUCUCUGCUCUGCUGUUCGCUCUGGUCUCAGCUUUAACCCUCUGGUGCCUGAGGAGGAGCCGCCUCCGCAGAUCUCACCAGGAGCUGACCCCGCUGGUGCCACAAGGACCAUGGACCACGUCAGGACCAUGGACCACGUCAGUACCAUGGACUACACCUGCUGGAGUCCCCUUUGAGAUUCCACCACGAUUCUUCUCACGCAAACCUGAAGAAGUCCAGCUCAAGGACCUGGAACAAAGGCCAGAUCCAGACCCAGAGCCAGGACCAGGAACAGGACAAGAACCAGGACCAGGCGUGGAGCUACAGCCAGGACAGAACCAUCGUGGGUCUCUGAGUGUCAGCAGCUGGUACCCGCUGGGGUCUGUGGUGUCCUCCCUGUACCCCUCCUCCCCCGCCUCCCCCCCCUCCCCCCUCAUCUGCUUCUCUCUUCAGUAUCGUCCUGACUCGGAGCAGCUGCUGGUGUCUCUGCUGCGUCUCUCUAAUCUGCCGCCGGGUCUCUGCUCAGACACUAUGAUCCAGCUCCGCCUGCUGCCAGAGGACCGGCGCCACUUGCUGGCCAGGGCCAGAACCACAGGGACCAGGACCACAGAGACCAAGACCACAGGAACCACAGGGGCCGUUGCUGAGUUCCACCACAGCACGGUAUUCCAGGUCUCCCCGCAGGUAGCCUCAGUCUCCACCUUGAGCCUGUCCGUCCUCAGUCUCAGUCCGGACUCAGACCAUCGUCCCGUGGGCAGAGUGGACGUCCCGCUCAGAGGACACCUGUGUCACACCGGCAGAGUCCAGUGGAAGGCGCUACAGACACACCAUGAAGCACAGAGUGCUGGUGUGGGGGAGGUGCUUGUGUCCCUCAGUCACAAUGCUUCAGCACACAGACUCACAGCAGCAGUGGUCCGAGCCCGAGGACUGAAAGACAACAUAGGUCUUGUGGUCCAGGUCUCUGUCCAGGUCCAGUCUCAGCUGAAGUCCAGACGAGGUCCAGUCCUGGACUCUGAAGACGAUCCACGAAUAAACCAGAAUUUCUCGUUCAAACUGAAGCCGAGCCGAGCCGAGCAGAGCUGUGUGAGAGUGGAAGUACUGCACCAGGACCAGAGGACAGGUGUGGUUCCCCUCGGGGCCCUGAUCUUGGGGCCCUUCAUGUUUGCUCGGGGCCCUCAGCUCUCACACUGGACUGAAGCUCUGGGAGCAGCAGGGGGCGCUGUGGAGAGAUGGCAUCAGCUCGGACCUCCCCUUUAA